CAAUGACAGUUUGUUUUAUGUUUUAAUUUUUAUUAGUCAUAAAUUGUUUUAUAAAUAAAAUAAAUAUAAACAAGGGUCUUCACAUUUAAAAACUAACACAAAAUUUAUCACUUCUAUACCAGUGAAUUUAUUAACGUGCUCUACGUGAUAUCUCUUUAACUUCGUCUGGGUUUCAAGAUUCCACUUUCACGAUGACUCUUGCAGAGUUUUUCAGCUGUUCCCUGCUAGCUUUUGGUCCACCAAUAGCGAUGUUUGCUUUAACGAUAGCUAAAGAUCCAGUGAGAAUCAUAAUAAUGAUAGCAGCGGCAUUUUUCUGGUUAUUAUCAUUUUUACUCUCGUCUGUUAUUUGGUACAUUGUAUCACCGUUACGAACAUAUUUAGCAUUUGGAAUGGUAUUUGCCGUCUUAUUUCAGGAAGGUUUCCGGUAUUGUAUAUAUUUAUUGUUGAGAAAGACAGAAGCUGGUCUCAAAGAAAUAUCAGAAAACCAUGAAAUUAGCAAACAUAAGUUGGAAAUGGCGUAUGUCUCUGGUCUUGGAUUUGGCAUUAUGAGUGGUGCUUUUGCACUUGUCAAUGUAUUGGCAGAUUCGAUUGGGCCAGGCACUCUAGGACUUCAAAGUGGAACAGAAUUCUUCUUCGUCACCAGUGCAGCCAUGACUCUCUGUAUGAUCCUCCUCAACACAUUCUGGAGUGUCAUAUUCUUCAAUGGACUAGACGAGAAAAACUAUAAAAAGGUUUUAUGGGUUGUCGGCUCGCAUUUCUUUGUUUCUGCUCUUAGCUUGUUAAAUAGAAAAGAGUUGUAUAUCGCUACUAUUUUGCCCUCGUAUAUAGUUCUCUUAGUGACUGCAGUGUUAGCAUUUAAAUGUGCGGGAGGAUAUGUUGGUACUCUUCUACACACAUUUACUAAUAAGCCUUAGUGUAGAACAUUGUGACUUUAUUUUUACCCAUUGAGAUGAUAAAUAAUAAUAAUUAAUUAAUUUGUUAACUAACACCCCAGUUGCUUGGUCCCUUGAUUUGGUAACUCUAUUUAAAAUACAAUGAAAAUGUUACUGCAGACAAACAAGACAUCAGUGCUUUAUAUGCAAUGCUUAAAUAUAUAUUUACAGCUUAUAGCUGUUAUAAGCUUAAGUACCAAAUAUAGAUUUUAUUUCUGAUUGCUGUUGUCACAAAGAAUUCUUACAAGUUAUUUUUUAAUUUGCUAUUACUAAAUGCAUAUGUAUAUUGUAUAUCAUAGAAUUCAUAGAAUAUAAUGUAAUUGUCUCAAUUAUGAAAUUAUCUAGGCAUGGAAUAAAAUUGAGACUUCCAAAAAUAAUUAGGCAUUUACAGAAUUACUACAUACUAAUACUGUAUUGUAACUCAUUAAAUUGGCAGAAUGUUGUCACUUUAUCAGGGACAUUAAAAAUAUCUAGAAUGAUGUGCAGGUCAUAAAAGACUGAUAUUGUCAAAUAAUUUUAAUUAUUUCAUUGUGUAGUAAUAAUAAUAGUAAUUGGAAGCUAGUAUUGAUUUUAUUGUUCAGUGAACUAUAUUGUUUACAUAGCUUAAUUUAGAUUGUUAAGUAUGUACUACACUUCACAUAAUAUAAUAUAUAAUCCAUAAUAUGUUGGUUUUCACAUAGAUUUACUAUUAUAUUUAUGUGAAAAGUUAGUAAUGACAAGAAAUUUUUGUUAACUAUGAGAAUGUAACAAAUAUUACAUGAAAAAUCAAAUCUUACCCUGUUAAAAGUUUCAGUUCUUUUUACAUUUACAUGCUUCUCUCCCAAUGAUUUUAUUUACAUAACUAUAUAUAAAUAAUUCAUCUUUUAUUUUAUUUAUUUAUUAUUCACAAAUGUUUUCUAACUACAUAAUAACUACAGAUAGAUAGGUUUCAGUGUUUAAAUUACUCUAAUAAAUUGUAUGGCCUUGCCUCUUUACCUAAGUAAUGGGUUUUGUAAAAAAUAUCUAAAUGUAAGAAAAUAAAUCAUAAAAAUGAAAUUCAAUAGAUUUUUUAAUGUUAGUAAAUGGUAGUACAGUGUUGCCAAAACUUUCCCUAUGUGUAAUAUGCAUAACCUUUCAUUUAAAAUGUUAUUUUUCAUUGUGUAUCUAAGAAAAUUUUCUUUAUAAAUGAAAUUUGUCUUAUUUCUCAAUAUCAAUAAAUAUUAACGAGGUCACCAUGAUUGUGUUUUAAAAUUAUUGAAGAAUUGUAGUAUAAAAGGAUCUCUGUUUAAAUAAAAGUCGAUUGUAUGUAAUUAUAUUAAUUUAUUUAAUGAAAUCACAUCAUUCCUUAGAGAUAAGAUUGGACGGAAUACUUCAUAAUAAUGAAGGCACUGUAUAUACUUUAGAUUACCUACUUAAAUAAUGCUCUUUUUAAUAAAAUAUUUAAAAACUAA